GACGUCCUGUGUGGGCUGAGGUGCAGCUUCCGGUCGGACCGCAGUCCGCUGAUCUCAGUUCCAUCGAUUCUGAUUAACCUUACAAGCCUUCCGGCCUUCAAGGUCUAUAUCUCCAUGCGCCUGGUGCCAUCAACAACAAAUGCAAUGGGGCUACACAUGCUGCGACAGUUACACCUAAGUCGGGCGAAGCUCAAGGCUUCUAGUAAGACGUCUGCACUUCUCUCUGGCUUUGCUAUGGUGGCUAUGGUAGAGGUGCAGCUCCUGAAGAAAUGUGAGGACAACUGUGCCCCUGAUUGCCCUGACAACUGCAGCAAUAUCCCUGAGGGGCUCCUCAUUGCAUUCUCAGUGUGCACGACACUCCUGGUGGCUGUGCACCUCCUGGCCCUCAUGAUCUCCACCUGCAUCUUGCCCCAUGUUGAGGCCGUUGCCAGCCUAGCCCAUGUUGACUCCAUGACCAACCUUCACUCAGGCAACCCAGGUGUCUAUGAGUCACCCCACGUGACUAUGCGAUGGUAUAUUGAGGCUGCCUGGACAUUUUCCACAGUGUUUGGCAUCUUGUUGUUUUUAAAUUUAUUUUGGUUCCUAUGGGUUAAGUUUCAGGAUUACUCAUUCAAGGCUUCAAUUGUCUCAACGAUCUUGCUUGUGCCAAUUGUUUUGGUAUUUACUGGAUUUGCGUUUCACUUUUAUUACAAAUUAGUUGCCCACAAAGUUGAGAGUGCUGGGAAGAACCUUCAAGAGAUAGAAGAACAGCUGAGACAGCUUCAGGAAAGGACAAAUGAAAACCAGGCAAAUGGAGCCAAUUCUUCCAUUCAAGUGGUGUGAUUUUCUUGGUCAAGCCAGUAGCUUGGGAAUCAUUUCAGGAAAAAAAUUUCGCAUUUAGAUCUUGUUCUGUAUAAAUAAUGUAUAUGUGAGGUUUAGGAAUUAUAUUUUCUGCUUUGCG